AUGCGUGUUUUUGUGACUGGUGCCUCUGGCUUCGUCGGCCAAGCCGUUGUUCAAGAGCUGCUUGGGGCCGGUCAUACCGUUCUUGCCCUGGCUCGCUCCGAUGCUUCUGCAGAAGCCCUCCAAUCCAAGGGAGUCGAUGUCCUUAGAGGGAGCAUCGAAGAUACUGAGUCCCUUAAGCGCGGUGCCUCUGAAGCAGACGGUGUGAUCCACCUUGCUUUCAACCAUGAUUUCACUCGGUUCGACGAUAGUGCCGCGGAAGAGCUGCAGGCGCUCCUCGCCAUGGGAUCCGUCCUCGCUGGAACCAACAAACCUCUCGUCUUUACCGGCGGGACCCUUUCUCUGCCCAAGGGCACGGUCAGCGACGAAGACACCCCUGCAGAUAGCACUUCGUUCCUGGCUGCACGCACUUUGACCGAAUCCAAGGCGCUUGCCUUGGCAGCUCAAGGGGUGCGUAUCAGCUUGAUCCGCCUGUCUCCAACCACCCAUGAUGAAAACGACAAGGGGUUUCUCAACAUAAUGACCCAGUUUGCAAUUGGCAAAGGCGAGUCUAUCUACAUCGGCGAUGGUCUUAACCGCUGGACUGCUGUUCACCGAGCUGAUGCUGCAAAACUUUACCGCCUCGCUUUGGACAAGGGUGUGGCUGGAUCUAUUUAUCAUGCAAUUGGAGAAGAGGGUGUUCGUUUGAAGGAUAUUGCGGAGGCUAUCGGCCAGGCUUCGGGUGUUCCAACCGUGUCGAAGACCUUUGAAGAGGCGCUCAAGCACUUUGAGGGGUUCAUGGCUUAUCCCGUGAGCUUUGACGCUCCUGCUACCAGCAAGAAGACCCAAGAACGACUUGGAUGGAAGCCAACCGGGCGAACCGUUGUGGAGGAAAUUCAAGCGGGCGUGUACAACUCUCCGGCGGCAGCAUAA